UUUGACUAUUAGCUUUGAGAUUGUCAGAGAAAUUUUGCUAUUAGCAUCUUUUAUUUGUGCUCUUAAGCAGAGCCCCAGCCUGCUGUGUCUUUGACUGAAAUGACACUCCUCCUUCCUUGAUCUAAAUAUCUCUUGGUUUCUUCCUCUUGUUUAACCUACAGUUUAGUCUAUAAUUUCAUGAUAUUGUGGACACAAGUGAUCCAGGAAUAAUGCCACACCGUCAGAAUCUUGUUUUCAUUGCUCUUGUAUUCUUUGGGACCGUAUUGAGUGGGCUCAUUUACCUACACACCAACCAGAACAGUUGCAAACAACAGAUAAUAGGAAAAGUCUUCAUAAAGCCAGAGGAGAAGCAUAAAAACUUUGGAUUGCACUCAUCUCCGGGGUUUCUGUACAACCAGCCCAGUGUGCUGGUAGGUCGGACAGACGUUGUAUCUAUGACCCCAUGGUUAGCCCCAAUCAUUUGGGAAGGAACCUUUGACCCAACACUGAUUGAUUCUAUCUACAAACAACAUAAUCUCACCAUAGCGACCACUGUCUUUGUUUUGGGAAAAUACACACGUUUUCUCAAAGAUUUUCUGGAGUCAGCAGAGGAGCAUUACUUUGUUGGAUUUCGGGUGCAUUACUACUUGUUUACAGAUCAACCAGAAGCAGUUCCUGAAGUAAAGAUGGGUGAAAAUCAUCUUUUGACAGUUCGGAGGGUUCCGAGUAUGGACAGAUGGCAGGACAUCAGUAUGGGCAGAAUGGAAAUACUGGAAAAACUAAUGGAGAACGAACUGGCCAAUGAAGCUGACUAUAUUUUUUGCCUGGACGUGGAUACAAAGUUCUAUGGCCGCUGGGGGUCGGAGUCUUUGAGUCGUCUGGUCGGUGUGAUACAUCCUUGGUUCUUUGAUUAUCCAAGGGAUCAAUUCACAUAUGAGCGUAGACCAGAGUCUCAAGCAUUCAUUCCAGCUGGGGAAGGCGAUUAUUAUUACACUGCUGCUGCAUUUGGAGGCUCACUGGCGGAUGUACAUCAUCUCACCAAAACCUGCCGGGAGCAGAUGAACAUUGAUGCAACAAACUCCAUUGAGGCGAUAUGGCAUGAGGAGUCUCACUUGAACAAGUACUUCCUUUAUAACAAACCCAGUAAACUGCUCUCUCCUGAAUAUCUGUGGCGGGACAUCAGUAUCAGUGUAGGCCAAGUGAAAAUAAUUCGCUUCUCUCAUGUAGCUAAAAACAAUGCAGAAGUUCGCCCAAAUGUGUAACAGCUGUUGCCAGCAUUCAGCUGGCAGGCCUACUGAAAGGGAAUCUCAAGUCUGUCCACAAAUAAUACUGACAUGAGGGACAUUGACAUCUGCCACCAAAGUCAUAGUCAUGAACAAACAAUUAUGAGCAUAAUGUUGGUAUGUGGUGCCAGGAACAAAUCUGCCCAAAUCUUUUUUAAUUAACACUGAUAUAAACUUUUCACAGUACUCUUUAUUGUGUUUGUGCAAUCAAAAAAAAAAAAAAAAAAAAAAAAAAGAAAUUCAAAGAGAGUUAAGGGAAGACAUUUAGCUACAGAAAACAGGUCUGAAGCUGAACCAAUUGUGUAUACUUGAAAAAAAUAUAAAUAAUUUUUCUGGGUACUACUGCAUAAAUAUGAUUUUAUUUUUCAGCAUGAUCUCAUUACUAUUCAUAGUUAUUUGCAUGCAAGGUUGCACCCAUGAGAAAAAUGUAAUACUAAUGCAAUACUAGAAAUUGCAGUUAAGGCAUGACCAAUGGACAGAAAAAUGCUCAGUGGGUCAGCAGGGUCAGACAAAAACAGGUGGAGAAAAAAAAACUUCAAAAAAAAUUAAGAAUUAAGGUGAAUAAUUAAGUGUGAAACCAUCAGGAACCCUUUAGACUCCAGUGGCACCAUUUUCCAGAAUUGCAACCUACCUGGAAUCUCCAGAAGUGCAAGGUCUCAGGAUCUCAGAGACUUUGCUAUGGUAAAGAAUCCUAAAAAAUGACCCCCACUUAAUACGAAUCAUAAGCUGAAGUGUUGUAAAAUACAUGAAUACUGUUUUUUUAUAGGCUUUAUAGACAGACAGAUUGAGAGUGACUCUUGAAGGACCAACAGCACAUCCUCUUCUACCACUGUUUGAAGAAUUUUUCUUCCAGAAUCUGGCAGUAAGCAUUGAAGUUUUUACAACAUUUCAGCUUUUGAUUCUUAUUAAGUGGAGGUCAUUUUUAGGAUUCCACUGGUCAUGCCUUAACUUUGCAAUUUCUAGCAUUAGUACUGCAUCCUUCUCAUGAGCAUUUAACAAUUUUUGACUUUUCAGUGUGUUAAAUCUCUUUUUGUCUCAUUUUAUCUGUAAAAGAAAACCUGCCUAAUAAUUAUGCACAUUUCCAGCCUCUAUGAACAAUUAUAUAUCACUUAUAAAUGAUUAAAUACAAAAUUAAUAGUAUUUAUUAAGAUUGGUGGUUUGGAAAUGGUAAAAUGUGAAAAAAAAAAAAUCAGAAAAUCAAUUUGCCUAAUAAUUCUGCACCCGGUGAAUACAAAGAUAAUGUGUAGAUAAAUGUACAGUGACAAUAUACUAAUUAAGCAUGCUGAAUUUUGUUAAAAGUGAUGAAACUGUACAUAUUUAAUGUCAAUAAUUAAAAAAUUGCAGUGGUGUUUUUAGUCUUAGGGGGUAAUUUUUAGUCUUCUGUUGUGUUGAUUGGUUUUGUGAUAAUGGUUUUAUGUUUAUUUUUUUAUUGAUUUAAUAAAAGUAUGGAUUAAAUCUC